AUGGAGAGCGAGAGCGCUGGGCGGUUGGCGGGUGGCUGGCGGGGUGGAUGGCGGGGUGGCUGGCGGGGUGGCUGGGCGGGGCGUGGAUGGCGGGGUGGCUGGCGGGGUGGCAGCGCUGGCGGGUGGCAGCGCUGCCGGGGGCGUGGCUGGGCGUCUUGGCAGCUGGCAGCGCUGGCGGGGCGGCUGGGCGGGGCGUGGAUGGAGGGGUGGCUGGCGGGGUGGCUGGGCGGGGCGUGGAUGGCGGGGUGGCAGCGCUGGCGGGUGGCAGCGCUGCCGGGGGCGUGGCUGGGCGGUCUUGGCGUCUUGGCAGCUGGCAGCGCUGGCGGGGCGGCUGGGCGGGGUGUGGAUGGCGGGGUGGCUGGCGGGGUGGCAGCGCUGGCGGGUGGCAGCGCUGCCGGGGCGUGGCUGGGCGGUCUUGGCGUCUUGGCAGCGCAGGCGGGUGGCUGGGCGGACAUGUGGCGGUGUGGCCGGGUGGGGCGUGGCUGGCGGGGUGUGGCUGUCGGUGCUGGCAGCGCUGACGGGGUGGGCUGCGGUUCGGGGUGGCAGCGCUGGCGGGUGGCAGCGCUGCCGGGGGCGGGCUGCGGGCUCGGCGCUCGCAGGGCUGUACUGAGCCGCGUUGGGCUGGGCAGCGCUGCAUUCGGUGGAGCUGGGCUCGGUAAAGCUGGACUCUGCAGCGCUGCACUUGUCAAAGGUUAA